AUGACUCUCCCUCAUGAUCAUUUUGCGCCCAAGGGCCAUUUUAACGAGAAUCCGAAGCAUCCGGCUGGCCAUAUCGUCUCAAAAGCGAAGCUUUUAGUAAUCGCCCUUGCAGCUACAUCAGUCUUCGUUCUCGCCAUCAUCUGGCCCAAUUCGCUUCCCAGAUUUCCUCUCGGAUAUUCUGCUGAUAGACAGUUCAUCUAUGGACUCAGAGCGUACGUGCCCUUGGCGCCGCCAGUACUCCCGCCUUCACAUGCAGCAUCGGAUGGAGAGGCGAUCAUUGAGCUGUUUCAAAAUCUUAGCAGGACAACAACCUGGAAAAGCAUUGCAAAUAUCAGCUUCGAGGGAGAUACUUUUGAGCCCGAAGGCCUAGUCCGUCUUGGUCCGGAUCGCUUCGUAGUGAGCAGCGGAGAGUAUACCGAGUUGACAAAGAAGUACCCGCAUCCCAUCAACGGAACAGAUCGGACACCAGGGAAAGGAUUCGCUCAUCUGAUGGUGUAUAAUGGCAACGGAGAGCGCAUUGCUGAUGCCACUAUUACAAAUGAAGACGCGACAGAAUAUCACAAUGGUGGAAUCGACUAUGAUGGGCGCUCAAUCUGGGGCACGAUCUCGCAGUAUCGACCAAACAGCACGGCAUACGUUUACAAAGCCGACCCAUUCAGCUUGAGACCCAAAACUAUUCUGCGCCACAAUGAUCAUCUGGGUGGUAUUAUUCACGAUACCGUCAGCAACAGCCUCACAGCGCUUAAUUGGGGAAGCCAAGCAGCGCUCACUUGGGCUCUGAGCCAGAUAGUACCAGACGACUGCUCUAUUCAGAAACCACAAUUCAUGGUCCGGAACCCUAGCUAUUUUGUAGACUACCAAGACUGCAAAUGGCUGGGCCAAAGCAAAUUUUACGACGGCGCCAGUGUGAUGCUUUGCUCCGGUGUGGCCGCCUUGGACGGAAAAUACCACCUUGGUGGCAUUGCGCUGGUUGAUGCAAAAACGAUGAGCCCAUUGGCCGAAGUACCGAUAAUGCUUCACAGCGCUCUUGGAGUAAGAAUGACGCAGAAUCCUGUGGAUGUGAGCGUGGAAGAUGGAAAAUUGAGGUUUUACUGGCUUCCAGAUCAGAGGAACAGUACGCUGUAUGUGUAUGAAGCUGAAUAAGAGGCUUACUUUAAAGUAUAUAACGAAGAAUAUGAUGGAAACCGAUGUUUAAUGUAAUAGAGGAACUUGAGUAGAGACCUUCAUAACAUCUGUCUUGGCAAACCAAUACAUAGCUGAUACACGUGC